UGCCCAUAGCGGCGAAUUGAUCCAGCAUCUCUGCACUGGGUGUAUAGGGCGAAUGGAUACGGGAAAAUGCAGUGAAAAUAUGUAAUUCAGCGCAUUUUCAAUGUUUUAACAAUUGCGAUGAGGGAGAGAAAGUAUGAGAGGGCGGAUUUUCUCUUGUGCCGCUGCGGAGUACGGGCCGUUAUUUUGAGAGAAAUGCGGAGUCUUUUUCUCCAUAGGUGUUAACGCAGAAAAUACAAGAUGAAGAAGCAAUUCAAUCGAAUGCGACAGCUCGCCAACCAAACGGUGGGCAGGGCAGAAAAAACUGAAGUGUUAAGCGACGAUCUUCUGCAGGUGGAGAAGCGGUUGGACCUGGUCAAACAGGUGACACACAGCACUCACAAGAAGCUGGCCGCCUGCCUGCAGGGCCAACAAGGGGCUGAAGAGAGAGAGAAGAAAUCAGUCAAGUCUCCCUCAAAAAAGCUACCACUAACCAUCCUGGCACAAUGUAUGGUAGAAGGAGCUGCUGUGCUGGGGGACGACUCUCUACUAGGGAAGAUGCUGAACCUGUGUGGGGAGACAGAGGAGAAGCUGGCCCAGGAACUGAUUCAGUUUGAGUUCCAGAUAGAGAAAGAUGUGGUGGAGCCUCUCUAUGAGCUGGCUGAGGUGGACAUUCCCAACAUCCAGAAACAGAGGAAACAUUUAGCCAAGCUGGUCCUGGACAUGGACUCAGCUCGCACACGGUUUCACCAGUCGUCCAAGUCCUCCAGUCACCCUAGCAACCUGCAGGCGGGCGGGGCCAAGGGUGAGGCCCUCAGAGAGGAGAUGGAAGAGGCAGCCAAUAGGAUGGAGAUCUGCAGGGAUCAACUAUCAGCGGAUAUGUAUAAUUUUGUGGCCAAAGAAAUAGACUAUGCAAACUACUUUCAGACGCUCAUAGAGAUCCAGGCAGAAUAUCACAGGAAGUCUCUAGAGAUCCUCCAGAGUGUCCUGCCCACCAUUAAAGCUCACCAGGAGGCGUGGGUGGAGAAGCCUUCGUAUGGCAAGGCCCUAGAGGAACACCUGACCAUCAGCAGCAGAGAGAUCGCCUUCCCCAUCGAGGCCUGUGUCACAAUGCUGCUGGAGUGUGGCAUGCAGGAGGAGGGUCUGUUCAGAGUGGCUCCCUCAGCCUCCAAGCUGAAGAAGCUGAAGGCCUCCCUGGACUGUGGUGUUAUGGACGUACAGGAGUAUUCAGCUGACCCCCACGCCAUCGCAGGGGCUCUGAAAUCAUACCUCCGUGAGCUUCCAGAGCCACUGAUGACCAGUGAACUUUACGAGGACUGGAUUCAGGCGUCAAAUAUUCAGGAUAUGGACAAGAGACUACAAGCUCUGCUGGCGGCGUGUGAAAAACUACCAACUGACAACUUCAACAAUUUCAGAUACUUAAUCAAGUUCCUAGCCAAGCUAGGAGAUUAUCAGGACUCCAACAAGAUGACUCCUGGUAACAUGGCCAUAGUUCUGGGUCCCAACCUGCUCUGGACUCACUCCAACGAGAGUGGGAACAUGACAGAGAUGAUGACCACAGUGUCUCUUCAGAUAGUGGGGAUCAUAGAACCCAUCAUACAGCACGCUGACUGGUUCUUCCCUGGAGAUAUUGAGUUUAAUCUGACUGGCUGCUACGGCAGUCCUGUCCACACCAACCACAACUCAAACUACAGCUCCAUGCCUUCUCCAGACAUGGACCAAUCAGAACGCAAGCUGCCGCAUGACCAUGGUAGACGCCCACUCAGCGUUGCCACUGACAACAUGAUGCUGGAAUUCUACAAGAAGGAUGGCAGCAUAAGGAAAAUACAAAGUAUGGGUGUCCGGGUGAUGGACACGUCCUGGGUUUCACGUAAGGGUUCGUCCACCCUGGCCCGUAAGGCCUCGUCCACCCCUCCCAGCAUCCAGGGUCCUGGCUCCCCUGCUGACCACUCCCUCAUCCUGGAGCAGCCUGGAGAGCUGGCCCAGUCCCCCUCACCCCCACCUCAACCUGGGGAAAGGGACCGGAUCGGUACACUGAGGAGUAAGGAGAGCUCUCCAGUGAUUGGUCACAAGGGGGUGCAGGUGGCAGGUCCGACGGUGCCCCCUGGUGUUGGCCAGCAGAGCUGCAGCCAGUCGCCCCACUCCACAGAACACAGCCCACACACCAUGCGCAAAGGCUCUAAGAAGCUGGCCCCUAUCCCUCCAAAGGUUCCAGCUGGGUACGGCCAGUCGGGUGGUUCUGGUGGGAUUUCGGACCAGUCCACAGGUCAGCCGUCGCCGGUCAGCCUGUCCCCCACCCCUCCCAGCACCCCCUCCCCCUAUGGACUGGCCGGUCCACCACAGGCCCCUGGAGGACUAGGGGCCUCCUCCCCCGGUCAGACCCCUCUCUGUGGCUCCCUAGGGUCCCUGGGGUCCCUGUCUUCCCCCCCUUCUCUGACCGGCACGCUGGGCAAGUCUCGGCCCACCCCUAAGCCCCGGCAGAGGCCCAGCCUGCCCCCUCCUCAGCCGCCCACCGUCCCUCAGCCGGGGGCCACCCCUGUUGGCCCCGGGCCCCAGGAGCAGGGCAUCCUGGACGGACUGUCCCCGGGGGAGAGCAUGUCCACAGAUUACUUCAAUUAUGAAAUCCCAUCCAUCAAUGUGAACCUGGACAGCCUCAUCGACGAGUUCAGCGGUGCUGCCCCCUGCAGGCGCUACGGAGCGGUGACACACUCUCCUCCCCCGGGGAGAGACGAUAACCCAGACCACGACCCCUACGCCGUGCCUGAGGACGACGAACCCCAGGACACCACCUUAUGACAUCAUUACCCUGAGACAGCCCUAUGAUGUGAUAUCAUCAGAGCUCGCCCGAGGCUGGUACCGUGGCGCUCCUACAUCCAGCUAGCUGUACAUACUGUUAGACUGUAAUGCUCGCUCGCUCACACCGCACUGCCACGAUGCUCCCAGACAAAACAAACAAACAAGGCUUCUUCUUAUACACCACAAUGCUCAUCUGACCUUUGACCUGAAACUCCUGGUCUGAACCAUGACCUCUGACCUGGAACUCCAGGACUGAACCCUGACCUCUGACCUGGAACUCCAGGACUGAACCCUGACCUCUGACCUGAAACUCCAGGUCUGAACCAUGACCUCUGACCUGGAACUCCAGGUCUGAACCAUGACCUCUGACCUGGAACUCCAGGAUUGAACCCUGACCUCUGACCUGGAACUCCAGGACUGAACCAUGACCUCUGACCUGGAACUCCAGGACUGAAACCUGACCUCUGACCUGGAACUCCAGGACUGAAUCAUCCCCCCACAUUGUGCUAUACCUGCAGGCUGCAAGCAAAACUCAUCUCUUAGAAAUAUUACUCAAAUAGUAAUGUAAACUCAAUGUGAGGAAACAAUAACACACCACAUGCCAUAUAGAGGAGGACCAGUUGCCUUUGGAAGAAAGAAGACAUAUGGAUUAUAUGGAGGAGUAUUAAUGCCAUGUUCAGUAUUAUAUUUUAGUUUUGCUUUGUGGAUACUACAGUUUUUUCCUCUCUUUGAAAAAGUGCUCAGUAUUUUUAGUGACUUUUUAAGUAUUUUUUUUGCCUUAUAUGAAAAUCCUGCACUCAAAUUGCAAUACAUGCAUCGCAGACUCACAAAUAGUUGGGCCUGACCCUAAAGGAAGGAAACUCGUAACCUGACUGGUUGGGUAGAUGUGUGGGUGACUGGUUGGGUAGAUGUGUGGGUAAAGUGGGUCGGACUGGUUGGGUAGAUGUGUGGGUAAAGUGGGUCUGACUGUGGGUAAAGUGGGUCUGACUGGUUGGGUAGAUGUGUGGGUAAAGUGGGUCUUCAGGGUCAUUGUGUGUAGUGUACUGUAUUCCUAACAGGGUAAUAUGAUGAGAGAGUUAUUAGUCCUAGUUUCCUGCACACUAUAGAGAUGAUGAUGAACUAUUGAAUAAUGCAGUAUGAAUGCAGUAUGAAUGCAGUAUGAAUGCAGUAUGAAUGCAGUAUGAACUGCAGUAUGAAGUGCAUAACUAGGGCAG